UUUUUUUGGUUUUUUUUUUGUAGGCUCGUUGUAAGGUCGUUAUAACAUGUGGUCAUAACAUGUCUAAAUGUUAUAGUUUCCGUAAAGUAUAUAUUAUAUAUUUGCAGUUGUUAUUUUGCUGGUUCAGCCUCGUGAAAUGUGCGUAAUAGGAAUUGACGUUUUUUGGUUUCCACAGGAACUGCAGUAACAGUGGUGAUUCCUGUUUAGAUGGAGCUCUUUGGGUCUUCACUGAAGGCUGUUUGCACAAAAACAUCACUGUGGAUUGUUGACCUUUGACCCGGUCCACAUGCUGAUCAUGUCUGUAUUUGGAGCUAAAGCAGCUCUUCUCAACUUGAGGUACAGCUUUCAGAAAGCAGGUGCCUUUGCCCGACUCAUCCAGACUUCCAGGACGUGUUUCAUGAAAAGGGGGCGGAUUGUAAUCCGGAUCCCCAGAGUGAGCCUGCUGUGUUUUGGGGGGGUCCACAUGGCGUGCUGUGCAGCCACAUGUCACCAAGCCUCCCUCACAUCUCAGACUGCUGCCAGAAAGACUUUAGCUAAAGUCCAGGUCCACAAACUGAUCUUCUUUGUCCGCCUCAGCCUGCGUGCGCUGGUGCUGCUCCUUAGAUUUGGCCCGCUCCUGCUCCUGGCCCCCUUGGCUGUGGUCUCCACCCGCUGGGCGUCUCUCUGGCUUGAUGCCCUGCUGUGGGUGACAGAGAUCUCUGGUCCUGCUUUUAUCAAACUGGGCCAGUGGGCCAGCACCAGGCAGGACAUCUUCCCUCAGGAGUUUUGCGAGCGCUUCUCCAGGCUCCAUGUCAAGGUCCGUCCGCACCCCUGGUCCCACACCAAGCAGUGUCUGCAGCGGGCCUUUGGGGAUGGUUGGAGGGAGGUGCUGGUGUUUGAGAGCAAGGAGCCAAUGGGCUCAGGCUGUGUGGCCCAGGUGUACCGGGGCUGGGCCAAGGCGGACCGGGUGGAAGACCCGGCCUUCCAACUGUUGGUGGAGGAGAUGGAGAGAGAAGACUUGCUGGAAGCCUGGGAGAUCGCUGGUCUUGGAGGUGUUGGUAGCUCCCUGUGGCAGCUGUGGAGAGGGAGAAAGGAGGAGGAGCACGAAGAGAGGAGCUGGUAUGAUGAGAGCAGCACAGAAAAGGAGCAUCUGAUACCUGUUGCUAUCAAGGUGGUCCACCCAGGCAUCAGGCGGCAGGUGGAAAUUGACCUGAUGCUGAUGAAGCUCGGGAGCUGGCUUUUGCAUUGUGUGCCGGGACUCAAAUGGCUGAGUCUGUGUGAAGUCGUGGAGGAGUUUGAAAAGCUCAUGACCAAACAGAUCGAUCUCCGUUUUGAGGCCACGAACAUGGAGCGAUUCCAGGACCAUUUCCGUGAUGUCGACUCUGUCAAGUUCCCAACUCCAUUGCGGCCGUUUGUCACCAGAACUAUAUUAGUGGAAACGUUUGAGGAGAGCGAGCCCAUUUCCAAGUACCUGAGCUCAGAGGUACCUGAGAAUUUGAAGAGGAGGAUUGCCAGGAUAGGAGUCGGCGCCCUGCUGAAGAUGAUUUUUGUGGACAAUUUUGUCCACGGGGAUCUCCACCCUGGGAACAUCCUGGUUCAGUGUCGAGGGCCUGCUGUUGGUUCCAGUGAUAGUUUGUGGUAAAUCUGGGGAGCCCCAUGGAAAAGCCACCUCACUGACUUGUGGGACACAGUGGUGGUCAGUAUGAGACCCGACCCGUGCCCCCUGCAGCUGGUGCUGCUGGAUGGCGGCAUCGUAGCCCAACUCAGCACUAACGAUCUAUCCAACUUGAAGGCUGUCUUUAAAGCUGUGCUGCUGCGGCAGGGUGAUCAAGUGGCAGAGUUGAUGCUUCAUCACGCUAGGGCGAGCGAUUGUCAAGAUGUGGCCCUGUUCAAGGAGGAGAUGGCACAGCUGGUGGAUCGUGCCGUCAGCAACACUGUAUCACUGGGAAAGAUCCAAGUGGCUGACCUGCUGUCCAGAGUCUUCAGUCUGCUCAUCAAACACAAGGUCAAGCUGGAGAGUAAUUUUGCAUCCAUCGUUAUUGCCAUCAUGGUACUGGAGGGGCUGGGCAGGUCCCUGGAUCCUGACCUGGACAUCUUGGCGUUGGCCAAACCUCUGCUCCUCAAGAACUGUACCUCAGUGCUCUGACACAUGCACGCACAUGGUGCAUGCACAUAAGCAUAAGACAGGCCCUACAGACUCCAUUCAUACAUUACAGUGCUGCUCCUCUCUUUUUUUCGAUGACAUCAGUGUACAUUAGCAGUAAUGAUGUCAUAAAUACCUCAUGGAAUUUACACAGUUAGGAAUUUGUCACUUUGGUCUUUCUGACUGUUGCAUUUUCUCAUCCACAGUCAAAAGGCACCUUGACACUUGCAUUAAUUUGAUCCCUGCACUGCCGCACAAUUCAUUGUGCCAGUGCAUCCUGCUUAGCCCCGCUUGAUGCUGCACUUUGUCCCACUUGACGCCACGCU